AAUCCGGUCCAUUGGUGGUCGUUUGUACGGCAGUCGUGGUUUGGAAGGUUUCGUAGUCAGUCGGACUGUUUUUAGCUGCGCUUUCUCUCCACAUUAGUGCUGCUGGUUGGUGUGUGUCAUUUUAUUUCACUUUUGUUACGUCUCGAUUACCCGGUGAAAGCAAAACUCCAAAAUGAGCGCAUUUUGCAGCGUAGAAGUAGGUCCCCCGAUUGAGGUUUUCGCCCUGAACCAGGCCUGCCUCAAGGAUGCCAACCCGAACAAGGUCAACCUGGGAGUGGGAGCCUACCGCACCAACGAGGGCAAGCCAUGGAUUCUGCCGGUGGUGAAAAAGGCCGAAGCAGCCAUCGUGGCCGAUGGCAGCCUGAAUCACGAAUAUCUGCCGGUGUUGGGUACGGAUUCGGUCACCAAUGCUGCCAGCACCCUGCUGCUGGGGGAAGGUUCCGAAGCUAUCAGCAGCAAGCGAGCCUUCGGAGUGCAGUGCCUUUCGGGAACCGGUGCCCUGCGUGUGGGAGCUGAAUUCCUGGCCCGCAUCCUUGGUCGCAGUACCUUCUACUACUCCGCGCCCACGUGGGAAAAUCACCACAAGGUGUUCAUGUACGCCGGCUUCACCCAGGCAUGCACCUACCGGUAUUGGAAUCAAGAACUUCGAGGCAUUGAUUUCGCUGGUAUGAUUGAAGAUCUAAAAGCUGCCCCAGAGGGGGCGGUUGUUAUCCUGCAUGCCUGCGCACACAAUCCGACCGGAAUCGAUCCUACUCAGGAGCAGUGGAAACAGAUCGCCGAUGUUUGCGAACAGAAGAAGCUUUUCCCGUUCUUCGAUUCCGCCUACCAGGGCUUCGCCAGUGGCGAUCCGAACAAAGACGCCUUCGCAGUACGAUAUUUCGUCGAGCGGGGCUUUGAGCUGUUUUGCGCGCAAAGUUUUGCCAAAAAUUUCGGCCUUUACAACGAACGUAUCGGUAAUCUGACUAUCGUGCAGAAAGACAGCAGCACUAGUGCCGCUGUGGCAUCGCAAAUUACGCUUCUUAUUCGAGGCAUGUACUCGAAUCCGCCCGCUUUCGGCAGCCGGAUCGUGAGCAUGGUCCUGAACGAUAGCGCCCUCCGGGCCGAGUGGAUGGAUUGCAUCAAGACCAUGAGCUCCCGGAUCAUCACCAUGCGGAAGGCACUGUACGAUGAGCUGGUGGCGCUGAAGACUCCCGGCACCUGGGAACACAUCACCCAGCAGAUCGGAAUGUUCUCGUAUACCGGAUUAAAUGAAAAACAAGUGGAGAUCCUGAUUAAGGAGUUCAGUGUGUAUCUGCUGAAGACCGGCCGCAUCAGUAUGUGCGGACUGAACGAAAACAACGUUAAAUAUGUGGCCAAGGCCAUCCACGAGGCUGUUACUAGAUCCGAAACGGCUUGUAAAAUGUAGAAAACUCGUUGAAUAUUCAUUAAACUAUCCACAGGAUUGUCGAAGUGCAUAGCAGCUGAAGCAACCGAUAGAGUUUGAUCAAAAACCGUAGAUUUAGAAAUAAAAAAAGAGUGAUUUGGUUUGUUCCUUUUGGCCCAAUCCGGCGCUAUUAGUGCAUAGAAUGAUUGUAAACAUCGAAGUUUUCCAAUUCUAAAAUUCAAGGAUGCAGCAUUUAACAGGGAGUUUUUAUACGAAUCAGAUUAUUGAAACGACCCCAUUUUCCACUUUAAAUAAAAAAAAAACUUCAUCAGAUCCACAUAGGUAGUAUAAUAAUGUUAAAAAAAAGCAACGUACAAUUGUAUCAUUCAGGAAAACAAAUAACAGGUCAGUAAACCGAAACCACAAUAGCUUUUCUAACAUAUACUUUUUUGUACCACAAUAUUCAGAUUCCCGUUUCCCGGCAUGCAUUUAAGUAGUAAUCAAAUAAAAGAAAUGUGUUGAACUUCCAA